AUGGCGGCCAACACGGCAUCAUCCGCUCACUCAACGGCUGUUCCCCCCCUGGCCACCAUGGCUCACCCUACUAGCCCAGCUCUUACAACCUUUCAUAUCUUUCCCAAAUUCCCGCAGGAAAUUCAGGACAAGAUUUGGGCCUUUGCCAUUGACGUGGACAGUCCACGAGGGUACAAUGUUGGAUUCACAGCUACCCCAAUCGCUCCAGGCUCCACGACUAUCCGAUGGGGUCUCAGAAAGAUCCGACAACAGCAUACUCCCCGCAUUGGACCCAAUGAAACGACCCGAAAUGUAAUGGCAACGGGACUCGCUGGAGCUGGCGUUGCCAAGCUGCAAUGGAGACUUUGGCGACCCGAAGUGCCCUUCAGGCUGGAGGACCGUUCGAAUGUGGGCGAUCCCAUGUCGCUUAUAAAAGCAGAAUCGCCCACAGCCCCACGAAUCAAGGUGGAUGCUGCAAAGGAUCUGAUGGUUAUACCCAACAUUGGAAGAUCCAAGAAGAACGAUAACAUUACCGAGAUCUACUUGCCCCAUGAGCUGGUGGCACACCAUUCCGACUGUUCGCUCCCGGGCGCGCCUGGUGAGCUCACGUACAGGCUGAAGAACAUGCUACCCUUGUGCCCGGAUAUUCGAGUUCUAUACAUCGUCAUUCACAACUUUCAGGGUUCGCAGUCAAAGCCGCUAGCGGAGGAUUUCGAAGCGACAGCUGGGCACAUACUUGAGUGGUACAAACAGGAACUCAAAGAUCUCGAGCCACAGACUUCUUCGGCCACCUAUCCCCUCGGGGAUCGAAUUUACUAUGAGAUCAAGCCUGAGCAGUUCCCUCGCACUGACGAAUUCAGUCGGCUUCUGCAGGAUAUUUCCGAAGUCAAAGGAUGGCACCGGGGCGAAUACCCGAACCGCCAGCAACGACUGGCUUUCCGCGUCAUGACGUGGCGCUAUGCCUGA